ACCCCCCACCCUCGCGCAGGCGCGCCUGAGGUUCUGCUCGGCUCGGCCCGGCCCAGCGCGCAGACAUGCUACCCUCCUUGCACGAGUCCCUGGACGCAGACGACAAGGAGCUAGAGAGCAGCGAGGAAGGCGGCGGUGGCGGAGGGAAUGCGGAGGACCGGAAACCCGAGCAACCCCCCAGCAGCCACUUCUGCCUCUACGCCUACCAUGGAAGCAGGUCGCCAACCCAACAUGGAGACGGUGAUGAUGGCAGUCCUGGUAGCCUGAUUUUGGAAACCCCUCCUGCUGCAGACUUCAGCCUUUCCUUGUUAGAUACUAAUUUGCCAUCUGAAGUAGAGCCAGAACUCCGGGGCGCCAUCUCUAAACGUCUGUCAAAAGGAGCCGUCUUCGAAGGACUGGGUAAUGUGACAUCGGUGGAGUUGAGUCUUCCAGAUUCCCGGGUCGGUUGCUAUUACUGCCUUUUCCAACAAGACAAACCGCUUCUAGAAAGAACAACUGCAGAGUCCGUUCCUGGCCCUUCUGAAUAUAUAGCCUGUUUCUUAGGAGGGUCUGAAAAAGGACUGGAGCUUUUCAGACUUGAGUUGGACAAAUAUAUCCAAGGCCUGAAGACAAACGUGGACAGUGAGGAAGGUAGUGUGGAGGCCUGCACCAAAUCCUACCUUAGCAACUGGUUUGAAGAGGUUGUCUGCCCAAUCCAAAGAGUUGUGAAUCUCUUUCAAGAGAAGCUUACCUUUCUCCUGCAUGCUGCUUUGAGUUACACUCCUGUCGAAGUUCAAGAAUCAGAUGAAAAAACAAAGAGAGACAUUAUUGGGUUUCUGAGUGUGGCCAGUCUCCAGGGGCUUAUUCAUGAAGGGACGAUGACAUCCUUAUGCAUGGCUAUGACUGAAGAGCCACACAAGUCAGUGGUCAUAGGCUGCAGUGGGCCUCAGCCGCAAUUUUCUAAUGCAGGAAGCAACAGGUUUUGUGAGGACUGGAUGCAGGCAUUCCUGAAUGCCGCAGAGGGUGGCAACCCAUUUCUUUUCCGACAAAUCCUAGAGAACUUUAAACUGAAGGCUAUCCAAGACACAAACAACCUGAAGAGAUUUAUUCGCCAGGCAGAAAUGAAUCAUUAUGCCUUGUUUAAGUGUUACCUGUUUCUCAAGAACUGUGGCAGCGGAGACAUCCUUCUCAAGAUAGUUAAAGUAGAGCACGAAGAAAUGCCCGAAGCCAAAAACGUGAUCUUGGCCCUGGAAGAAUUCGUGAAAGAGGAAGCUGCUGCCCAGACUUCUUAAUCCUUCGGUCUUCUACACCCUGAAAUGGUUGCCACAUCGUCCUGUACAGUCCUACUCUCCUGAGCGAGGGGAACCCAUUUGUUUUUGUCAUCAUGGAUUAUACUGUCCGAAAGCACUCGGUGAUUUCCAGUGAGUUCUAGUUGCCGUCUCUUAGUGGUUUAAAUCAUGUUAAAACCAGGAAGAACAUUUUCCAUUGAGCCUUAGGUCUGAAAGUGAACAGAAACAGUUGUCGACAUUUAGCCUCCUCCAUCAUAGGAUGUUGGGCUUGGAAGGGAGCCGCGGAGGCCAUCGGAUCUCUCUAGUCCCCUGCCUUCGUGUGGGCAUUCCUGGGCAUUGCUGGUGGUUAGGCACUCGGAGAUUCUGUGGUCUCGUUCGCCCCUUCCUCUCUUUAAAGCACUGUGAAGACGUUUCCCGUGGCAGAAGAUCGUGAUGCUUUCUCGAUCGUCCCAAGAUCUCGCGCUGUGUAGCUACUCCAAGACGAUACAGCUUGAGGCCAGCCGGCUUCCCAAAAGCAUUCCAAAGACGGGUCUAGAGCAUAGCCCGUGUCUUAAGAGCUUUGCACUCUGUGGAUGCCCGAUGUUGUCUGUUAGAUUAUGGCCACGAUGAUACGGGCAGCCGGGGUGCUGAUGUGCAAAUUGCAAAAGGAGCCGGUAGAGUAGAUAUGCCAGUUUGUAGGGGAAAUGUCAGCUGGUUUGUGGAAUCAUCCCACCAAUCCUUUAAAGAAUAGACUUUUCGUUUUUUUCUCCAUGAAGCUGGAAAUGCUCGACUUGGGAAGAGUGAUCAGAGAUGGGGAAAAGGAAAAACAAAGGCAUUCUACAGGCAGCUUGUAAGCUCAGAAACUCAGCAGAGAUUCUUCAUAAAUUCAGGCUUGGGCAUUGAUUUUUGAUUUCUGUACUUUCAUUCUUCUCGAAUUGUUUUUCUCCAAAUCAAUGAGAAGUCUGCUCUCAGGAGACUCGGAUCUCUUUCCACUGCGGCGGUUUUCCUUCUGUGGAGCUUUUUUAAAUAAACCCCACUUGAUCAUUAUUAUUUAGUCCUGUCAAUCAUAGAAGAAUGGGUUCGGGAGGCAUCGUGCAAGGCUCUAUCCGGACCUCUGCCUUUAUGCGGAUUCAUUUUCCUAGACUCAGAGACGGAGAUUCUAUAAUCUUGUAACAGGAAACAUAAAUCUUCAAUUUCUAUUGCUCGAGGAAUAUAUAGACAUCUUAAAGGCCUUCAAGCUGAGGAAUCAUCUCUCAGAUGUAUAGAAAUUCCUAUGAAAUGCUGAGUCAUAACAGUGAUCUACCCUUUUUUGAACGACUGGCCGUGUUUUCCCCAUUUUAUCCUCUAAGGCUGCCAUCAGCUCUUCAGAGCUCAGCUCGGAUUAUAUUUAUAAAAUGUGAAAGGCAAGCCGAGGCCACCAGACUGAAACUAAGCGGGCUUUAGAAUUGACCUUCAGGCAGUACUGCAGACCCCUUCUCCAAGACACCGACGGACAAGUGCUUUUAUUACUUCAGGGGCCCAAGUCUAUGAUCUUGUUGAAUUGGGAGCUUCCAGCCCUCACCAUGAAAACUGGCACUUUGUCCAGUCCUGAUAGUCUUAGUUUCCUGGAGCACCCAGGGAUGGAGUGACUUGGUCCAGGUUUCUUAGACAACACUGUCAAGAGGCAUUUUUCAAACUCACAUCUUAGUCCAAGCUUUCCCCGUUACUCCAUGGCUGCCUGGUCCUUUAGUGACAGUUACUGUAGAGGGUCUUCUUAAAGGCCUUGUAUUCUUUUUUUUUUUAAUAAUUCUGUAUUAAUUUUAAAAAAAUUAAGUUGAUGACUUAAAUUGUAGUCACGAGAGAAAUAGUCUGAAGGGGAAUGCUGCAGCUCAGAAUAACUGCACUGCACAUUUGUGACUGGCGGAUUCUUAUUUUUGACUUAUUGAUAAAGAAAGUCAUUUCUGCACGCAGGGCAGUGGUAAUAAUAAUAAUAAUAAAUAGCAUUAAGAGAAUGCUUUCAAAUUUGCAAGGCUAAUCACACACACACAUAUUCUAUAUUUAAGGAUCAUCUUGGAAUUGCCAACCAGACUUGCACAAAAAAAUCAUUUAAGAAACAUUAACUAAGUACCUACUGUGUGCACUAUACUGUAUUAGACACCGCUAAGGGUGAUUUUUUUUUUUUGAGGGACAAUCAAACUUGUGAUUUCAUCCAUGUGGCCUCAGAGUUUAAAAGCUCUGGGUUCCCAUCUGGGCAAAUUGCCAAACCCCUCAGUGCCCAGGCCAGUUCCUAAGACUAAGUUUUAGUUCGUAAGUCCAUAGUCCAUAAGACUGUGUGUAUUUAUAAAGGAAGUUUCCUUGUGUCUCCUGAGUAACUGAGUAACUGAGAACAGCCCAAUCAUAGGUCCAAUCCAGUCUCCCCUCGGCAAAAUGUAACUUUUUGUUAUGAUAUGUACAAAAAAAUUAGAUGUAUCAUUAAAAAUGACAAUUUUGUCUUUGAUGGAUUUUCAUCACGUUAGAAUAAAGAUUAUUCUUCUGUA